AUGUCAAAGUAUCGAAAACUUAAACGUCCUUUGACAUCUGAAGAAGAGUCCAUUGCUCAGCUAUUAAUUCACUCAAGAAAGAGUCGUCGUGAAGUGAUAGAGUCAGGUUUUAAUCGUCAUCGCUUCUUCGAUAACCGAGAAGAUUUGCCCGAUUGGUUUGUUCACGAUGAGAAGAAGCAUUGCAGGAUGACUCUGCCAGGACUGCCAGAAGCACCUGUCAUUCACAAAGCCUUGACACCUAGUGCUACUUUGAUGGGGCGAACUCUCAAAAAGACAGAAGAGGCUAAAGCACGCAGGAAAGCUCGUAUAGCUAAACGCCUUAAGCGUGUUCGUCAACGCACCGAAGACAUUCCUGAUGAUUUGCCCGAAAAAGAGAAAUGGAUGCAGAUCAAACAAAUGUACAAAAAGGCUGGCUUGUUAGGAAAGAAAAAGCGCCCCUUCCACUUGGUAGUCAACAGAAAAGGCGGGGCUCGCAAUCGGGCACCGCCACCGAAGGGAGCUAGGAUCAAGCUUGUGGACCGACGUAUGAAGGCUGAUAUUCGAGGCCGUGCUAGAUCUGAUGGACCUGUCAAAAGUCGGGCCAGUCGUAAAGGAAAAGCUGGCAAGAAAAAUGGGCGGAAGAACCCCUCGCGAGGCCAUUCUCGAUCUGGUCUUUCGGGGCACAGUAAAGCAUAA